AUGCAGCUCGGCUGGUUCACGGCUGCAGCCGUCGUCUUGCUGGGACCGGCACAGGUUCUCGCUGGCAACAUCCUCAAGACUGACGGGUUCUCCUUGUGCUCCACGAAUGCCACUAUUCAACUUACAAACAUGAACAUCGAGUAUGACCAGAGCACGAAGAAUAUCACCUUUGACAUCGCCGCAACCAGUGAUCUGGUGCAGAACGUGACGGUGUCCCUCAUUGUGAAUGCUUACGGAGAGCAGGUCUAUGAGCAGAAUUUCAAUCCGUGCGAUGCAUCGACUGCAGUCCCCGAACUCUGUCCCGUGCCGGCAAGCUCCUUCUCCGCCAGUGGGAAUAUGACGAUUCCUAGCCAAUAUGCGGACAUGAUUCCCUCGAUAGCUUUCGCCGUGCCUGAUCUUGAUGGCCAGGCAAUAUUGGAGCUUAAAUCCGCCGAUACUGGCGACGAGGUAGCCUGUAUUGAGUCUACACUGACAAACGGCAAGACCCUGCAAAUUCCUGGAGUCACUUAUGCUGCUGCGGCCAUAGUCGCUUCCUCCUUGGCUCUCAGUGGCCUCACUGCGCUGGGAACUGCAGGUCAUCCUGGGUCCGCCACCUCUAGCCCUAACUUUGGCGAGGUCUUGGGCUGGUUUCAAACACUUGCCUCGAGUGGUAUGCUGAGUGUCCAGUAUCCCUCCGUGUACCGGUCGUUUACCUCCAACUUUGCCUUUGCCGGAGGUCUUCUCCCCUGGGCCAGCCUCCAGACUUCGAUCGAUAAUUUCCGAAAUAUGACGGGGGGCAACCUCACAGAUAAUACCUAUCAAUACCUCCAGAAUGCUACUCUCACCUUUGACGAUGGAUCAUUAAACACACGCUCUGUGGCGAAACGCGCUCUUUCGGGACUCGUGGCCAGAGCUGCAAUUUUCGUCCGCGACACCUCGACUUCCAACGGCACCAGUUCCAAUGCUAUUGUCGAGGAACUUGAGGGUCUCAAGGCCUAUUCCGAACAGCUUUCCAUCCCAUCAUCCAACAUUUUUAUGACUGUCCUACUAUUCUUCGCCAUCAUAGUUGCAGCUAUCGUCGUUGGCAUUCUACUGUUAAAGGUCAUCCUUGAAACCUGGGCGUUGUAUGGCACGUUUCCAAAAAGUCUCGCUGAGUUUCGAAAGCAUUACUGGGGAAUCAUGGGCCGAACGAUUACGAACCUUAUUCUCAUCAUCUAUGGUAUUUGGGUUCUCUACUGUGUCUAUCAGUUCACACGCGGCGAUUCGUGGGCCGCCAUCUUAUUAGCUGGUUUGACUUUGGCCUUGUUUACGGCGUUGCUAGCGGCCUUCUCAAUCCGUAUUUGGAUGAUUGCGCGCCGUUACAAGAAAUCUGAAGGUGAUCACUCCGUAAUGUACGAAGACAGAGAAGUUUGGAGGCGCUACAGCCUGUUCUAUGACAAUUAUAAGCGAUCUUACUGGUAUAUCUUCAUCCCCGUCAUUGUCUACGCCUUCGCUAGAGGGUGUAUCAUUGCUGGAGGCGAUGGCCAUGGCCUUUUCCAAACCGGUGGUCAGUUGGUUAUUGACGGCCUGAUGUUGAUUCUCCUAUUAUGGACCAGGCCAUACGUGGCGAAGUCGAGCCAAUGGAUCAACAUCACCAUACAGGCAGUCAGAGUUCUCUCGAUAGCAUGCAUUCUGGUCUUCGUCGAGGAACUUGGCAUUGCGCAAACAACCAAAACAAUCACCGGUAUUGUUCUCAUUGCUGUGCAAUCUACACUUACCGUGAUUCUGGCCAUUCUCAUCGGUGUCAACGCUCUCAUUAAUUUCGUCAGACAAAACCCUCACAUUAGGUUACGUGAGCGUAAAGAAAAAGCGGAUCGUGACAUGGACAACUUGACACCCCUGGACGCGCGAAACUCGCUCCUCAUCGACGAUAUGCCUCGCUCCCGCGCCGACAUGUACGAACAAAGCAAGUACAACAUGACCGGUCCCUUCGAAGCAUACCGAGACCAUGUACCCGAGACAACAGAAACAGUCUCACAUGUCCGCGACAAGAGCACAGAUCGACUGAUCAAUAACGACUCAUAUUACCGAGGCUAUCAACGCCAGUAUCAACAACAUACGCGAAGCAUUAGUCGCGAUCGCAGUCCCAGUCCCGAGGAACUCGGUCAACAGCCUCACUCUUUUGGCAUGGCACUCUAG